UGCUGAGCCCCGCGUAAACCUAAACCACACUGUGGGCAGCAAACAAAUGGGCCGCGGGCUGCGUGUUGAGUAGCCCUGAAUUAGAUGAUUCUGUGAUGUAGCAACAGUAACUCUUGAGAUCUGUUUUUGGCGAGGGUGGGAGCUAAUUUAAAUGCCAUUAUUUUGUAUAGAUAGUUGGGAUUAUGUUUUCCACUGUGCCUUUGUCAACAGUGAAUUUCAUUAGCCAUUUUGUUGUCCAUUUACCCAGUUUUGUGAGAUCCCUUUGUCACUAUUAAUAGCCUGCCUUGAAUUUAACUAUCUUGAAUAAUUUUGUGUCAUCUGUAAACUAUGCCAUCUUACAGUUUGCCUCUUUUUUCCAAAUCACUUACAACGGUUAACUGGUACCCAGGAAGCAGCCUCUUGUCCAUGGCCUGCCACGUGCAGAGAGCUACUCUAGCCUCACUGGGCCUCUAUACAGGGCUAACCAAGAAGCAGCAGCAGCUCUUCUGGUCCCGUGCAGGGCUAUCAGCUCUUCCGGCCUCAUGCGGCCACACAGGGCUGGAAGCAGCCAAGCUGGAGCAGCCCCUACCCAUGCAGCAUACGGAGAGGCGCUAGCGAUUCCUGCCCGCCUGUGGCCAGCAAGGGGAGCCACUCUGGCCGGGUUCGAGUGCCUCUUCUCUACCCACCCCUGUUUAAUCAGAUUUUACAUCCCUGCUCCAUACUUAAAAUUGCUAAUUUAUUCUAUUCUCUGUUUCAUGUCAUUUAACCAGUUACUGAUCCAUGAGAGGACUUUCCCUCUUAUUCCAUUUUGCUUAAGAGUCUUUGGUGAAGGACUUUGUCAAGUCCAAGUGGACUAAAUCCACCAAAUCACCCUUGCCCACAUGUUUAUUGAUUCCUUUCAAAAAAUUCUAAUAGAUUCGUGAGGUAUGAUUUCUCCAUACAAAUGUCACAUUGACUCUUCCCAAACAAAUCCUGUUCAUCUAUGUCAGAAGGCAUGUAGGCUUAGAAAGGGCAGUUUUUAUGUGGGUGGGGAAAAGGAAGAGGGAAGCGAAGUAAAUGUAUCGUUGCACUUUUAAGAGGGUGCAGAAGAUCACAGUGCUGCAGAGAUGCACCGGGUGGAAAAGGAGAUUUGCAUGGAUAGGAUACCUUUGCAUGUGGAUUUUGAGAGGAUGGAAAGAGGGAAAAUACCUUUUAUGAAGUUAUUCAUUUUUUCUUAAAUGUCUUGUGCAAUCUUUGUAGUUUCUUUCACUGGUGUGCAGAAAGAAUUUAUUAGCGUUAAUUUAUACAAUUUACAUACACUUACCUAAUAAGUAGGGAAAAGAGAUUUGUUGAAGAAUUACUGUUAGAUACACAACAUAACUAUUAUAAUGUAACAGUUAUAAGAGGAGUUUCUCAGAAGUGAUUAGGUAUCACAGGAGUGAUUCUUUGCUGGUGAAAUUUUGUAGUAUGAGUUUCAGACUACCUGUGAGAUAGUGAAAUGUUAAAAUUGUUUUGUUUUGAAGUGUGUGGAUGCAUGCACACAGUUCAAACAGUAUGUAUUUAAAAGAGCAAACUUGACACUGAAUUAGUCUUCUGUGAUUAGAGUCUGAGGAAAUUUUGAGUUGGAAACUGAAAUAUUACUAAGGUUGUCAUCUGCAGCAUGUCAUGGUGGAAGAUGUCACAAUGUGUGCUUAAUCUCUGAAUGUCAUAAUCCUCAUCACGUGUAUGCAGAGUCGUGUCUCAUGUAAUUAUUAUAUGGGAAGGUAGAAGGUAGUGAAUUUGACUAAACGGUCUUUCAACUCUGUGAAUAUAUCAUACAGGAAGCUCAAACAACAUGAAGACCUUGGAUCUCUUUUCAAGAACAAUACAGUGGCUAUGACUACUCUCAGCAAAGUGGAUUUGUCCCUCCAGAGAUGAUGCAGCAACCGCAGCCUUACACAGGGCAGAUUUACCAGCCAACACAAACAUACACUCCAACUACAGCACAGUCAUUUUAUGGAAGCACUUUUGAGGAUGAGCCACCUUUAUUAGAAGAAUUAGGGAUCAAUUUCGACCACAUCUGGCAGAAGACAUUAACAGUACUACACCCAUUAAAAGUAGCAGAUGGCAGCAUCAUGAAUGAGACUGAUUUGGCAGGACCAAUGGUCUUCUGUCUUGCCUUUGGAGCCACGUUAUUGCUGGCAGGUAAAAUUCAGUUUGGGUAUGUGUAUGGAAUUAGUGCGAUUGGAUGUUUAGGAAUGUUUUGCCUGCUCUGGUUUGGCUGUGUUGCUAGUGUCCUGGGAUACUGUCUUCUUCCUAUGAUCCUGCUUUCCGGUUUUGCUGUUGUAUUUUCUUUGCAGGGGAUGAUGGGAAUUAUUCUUACUGCUGGAAUUAUUGGAUGGUGCAGUUUUUCUGCUUCCAAAAUCUUCAUUUCUGCCUUAGCAAUGGAAGGACAACAGCUUCUAGUAGCAUAUCCCUGUGCAUUGUUAUAUGGAGUCUUUGCUCUGAUUUCUGUAUUUUGAACUGACUGUUCUGAUUAUUGGACUUCAGUGGGCCAAAUGGGAAAAAAUCAACUUCGAACACUUAAUUGGACCAGCAAACAGCGACAUUGCUGCUAUCAUGCAAACUUAACUCUUGAAUUGUCUGAUGGAGCAACGGAAACAAACAUGUCUCAUUCACUUGUAUAGGACACUUGAAUACUAUUUGAAUUGACCUACAGUGUCUAUAGCUUUAAGUUUCUGUGCUUAUACAGUUAAAAUGUAAUGUUUCUUUACCAUUUCUACAGCCUUUAGAAAAGUAACUUUGGGGUUUGGGGCGGGGGAGGGUUAGAGGCAAGAUAAAGAGGGGUUGUAGUUAUAUUGGUAGAUUUUUAUCAGCAAAAGUAAAUGAAACUAAAGACAUUGCAGUCUUUAUUGAAAACAAAAAAGUCUUUGGCAAACCAAGUUCCUGUCACCUGUAUUGAAAAGAGUUUCUCAAGCAAAUUGAAAAUUGCAUAUUUUCUGUAUUUUAACAAAUACUUUGAGCUGUUAUUUAUAGAAGGUGUUGGUAUUUCAGAAUUCAAUAUGCAAUUUAAAUUGUUUAAUUUGAAAACAAAUCCUUUAGUCAAAAGUAUACCAAUAAAUUUCAGACUUGAAAUGUGAAUGUGUUGAGAUGUUUAUCAAGAUUGACUUUCAGGAGCAUGUUCUAAUAAUGCAUAUAUUAAUGAAUGACUCAAGAGUAGACUUUUUUUUAAAGUAUUUACUUCCAGGAAAAGCCUCCCACCAUUUUGAAAAAUAUAAUAAAGUGCCAUGGUUGUCAGUAUUGCAGUUACAGUAAAGGUUAUGUGAUGCACUUUGAUUACAUUUUCCCCUAAAUAAUUUUGAAUGGUGCUGGAGGUGACUUUAACCCUCUUUCUGCUGUAUUGUUUAGAAUGACCAUAAGGACUAGAGAAUUUCAGCUAGUAAAAUGAAAUUGGAACAUUCACAUCGGAAUAAACCACAGCACUUAUAUAAAACAGCAA